AUUGAGCUAGUAUCAAAUCUCAUUUUUAAGUUUAUCAAUUUCCAUUCUAAUUUGCCAAACAUGAAACAACCCCUAAUUUGAAUUAUACUAGUAUUGUCAAAAUACAAUUUGUUCGAGAGUUAUCACAUAAUCACAUUUGACAAAUAGGGGGUGGGUACAAAGUGAAGUCUCUCAGCCAUGAAGUGAUAGAGAGGGCCACUCUGUAUCAUUUCAGACCAUAGAAUAGUAUCUAUGGUGCUUAUUUAGACCUUCUAUACAACCCCUUUCCUUCCCUCUCUUCCUCUUAUUGGUAAAAUUUCUGUCUUUUUCUUCUAUUUUGAAGAAAAAGGUCAAACCUUUCUUCUCAGAACACUUCAAUCCAUUAAAAUAGCUUCUGGAUAUUGUUAAUUACCCUCAAUCUUCAUCUGGGUUUUCAUCAUUAGGUCCAUUCAUGGCUUGUUCAAUGCUAAUUAGUGCUGAUAAACUUGCCCUAGUAAGCCAAACUACCCCAAAUAGAUUGGGAUUUUCUGGGUCAGAUUUCUAUGGGAAAUACCAAUUUCCCUCAUUUAAUUUGGGUCAUAGCUCUAAGAAUUUAAGGGCAAAAACCCUAAUCACAAAAUGUAGUCUUUCAGCUUCAAGGCCUGCAUCACAACCCAGAUUUAUACAACACAAAAAGGAAGCAUUUUGGUUUUAUAGGUUUUUGUCAAUUAUUUAUGACCAUAUUAUAAAUCCUGGGCAUUGGACUGAAGAAAUGAGAGACGAAGCUUUGGAACCGGCAGAUUUGAAUGAUAGGAAUAUGUUAGUGGUUGAUGUUGGUGGAGGAACUGGGUUUUGUACUUUGGGUAUUGUUAAACAUGUUGAUGCUAAAAAUGUUACCAUUUUGGAUCAAUCACCACAUCAACUUGCUAAGGCAAAGAAAAAGGAGCCUUUGAAAGAGUGUAGAAUUAUUGAAGGUGAUGCUGAAGAUCUUCCUUUUCCUACUGAUUAUGCUGAUAGAUAUGUGUCUGCUGGAAGUAUUGAGUACUGGCCUGAUCCACAAAGAGGCAUAAAGGAAGCAUACAGGGUGCUAAAAUUGGGAGGGAAAGCUUGUUUGAUUGGCCCGGUUUAUCCAACCUUUUGGCUGUCUCGCUUCUUUGCUGAUGUCUGGAUGCUCUUUCCAAAAGAGGAAGAGUAUAUUGAAUGGUUUACAAAAGCAGGUUUUAAGGACGUUCAAAUAAAAAGGAUUGGCCCUAAGUGGUACCGUGGAGUUCGUCGUCAUGGACUCAUCAUGGGAUGCUCUGUAACCGGUGUUAAACCGGCCUCCGGAGAUUCUCCCUUGCAGCUCGGUCCUAAAGCUGAGGAUGUAGCGAAACCAGUACACCCACUUGUGUUUCUCUAUCGGUUCAUCCUCGGAGGGCUGGCAUCAACAUACUACGUACUGGUUCCUAUUUACAUGUGGAUCAAAGACAAAAUCGUUCCGGAGGGAAUGCCAUUAUAAGGUACUCAUAGUUCACAGCCAAGGAUGUUGCAAGGUCGAAUAUAUAUGAGUUAUUCCACGACGAGAUUAAUUUCACAUUUGAAGCUUUUUACGAGUACGUAGUUCUUUUCGGUACUCAUGUAGUUAGAGUUCCUGAAAUCGUUCGAGGCUUCGAGCAACUCGCUGCGUUUUGAUAGUUAGCUUGGAUAAACUUGAUACAAACUUUAGUAUUGUUUUAAGUGCUUCUGUUAAAUAGGAGGGCAACAUAAACCUCUGAAUGUUGUGUUUACCAUUAUGGCUUGGCAAUGUAAAGUUCUUUCGUUUUCUAA